AUGACGUCUCCGACGAGCGCGCCGCCCCACUCGGGGCAGGCCUCGCCGGCGACGACGGGCGAGUCGACUGCGCACAAGUCAGCUCCUCCUCUGGAGAUUCAGCUGCCGCUGCAGCGCCGCGGGGUGUCUCUCUCCAAUUGCCUACCCUCGGACGGCCGCGAGGAGGCCCCGGUCUCCGCCCCCGCCUCCGCCCCCGCCGCCGCCCCCGCCGCCGUCUCGCCCGAGCGCCUGCAGGCCGGGACCAAGUCCGAGUCCAGCGACCCGCAGAGGGCAGGGCACAGCAAGAGCAGCCCCGCGGGGAAAAGGGGGAAUCGGUCCUCCGUGGAUGACGCGGCCCUCGCCGCGGCGCUCCUUCAAGGCGUCGUCGAUGACAUCGACGCCGUUCCCAAAGGCUACAUCACCUACUGGAAUGACCGCGUCGACGAAGAGCAAGUCGAGGCUCUCGGCGAGAGCGAAGAGUUUGAGCGACUCUACAUGGAGCAGCAGGCGAAGCAGCUGCCCUUUCGAACUUCCACGACGGAGUGGACGGUCAACACAGCUGCAGGCGCGAUGGUGUGUGUGAUGGCGUGGGGCCCGAUCAUGAUGGUGCUGUGCUUCGUGGUCGGCGGCGCGCUGGGCUUCGGGUUCGCGAUUGCGCACGAUUUGUGGCAGAUGCGGAAGAAACAGACUGCGGCUACGAAACAAAAGCAAAAACUUGACCAGCUGAUGCGUUGGGCGGACUUCCACUUCCGGAGUAGCCAGAAUCAACUGCAGCUCAUCUUUAAAGUUAUUCUGGAAUACCAGGUUCUAGCCCGCCUCGGCGCCUUCUCGAAGACUGCGCGGUCGCAGCUGAAACUCCUCUACGCCUUCUUGUCACGAGACGACGUCGGCCGCUGCCUCUGGCUUUAUCUCGAUUUCUUCGAAGACCAUUUUCGAAUCAUGACGCGGAGCGAAAUCGCCAUGUGCUCGCUGGUCUGUACCGUCAGCGUCGAGUGCUGCAAGAGCUUGCGGAAGAAGAAACCGCCGCCGGUUGUCCUGCGCAUGAUGCAAAUGGUGGAAGCCCCAGCGGUGCAGCGCAUCUUUGACACGGGCAAGAACGCCGCGGCCUUCGCUGUCACGCAGGACCAAAAACUCAAAGAAAUGGACGCGAUCAUGUACGCGGACGCCGCCAAGCAGGUCCAGCGCCACAUCUUGCGCGGCGGAGAGCUGCUAGACCCGCUUCAUUCUACGCCGGCGGCAGCCCCAGCGGAAUCAGAAGAAGAGACCGAGGAAGAUCACUCGGAUUUUUUCGACCACGAAACCGACUCGCUCAUGGAUCAUCUGUUUUUGGGCCCGUCUGCCGCGGCCGCUGGAGGCGCAGGCGGCGUCACUCCGCCUCCGGCCGAGGGCGCGGAGUUUGUACCUCCGGGCCGUGGAGCCCAAGUCCCAGCGUCGGUGGUGUCCCCGCACAGCGAGCCUGCAGAGGACACGGAAGGCAUCCGCCGCGCGAGCACCGGUGCUGCGCAGUCGCCUGCAUUGGCCUCUGAGGCGACGCUGCUCGGUCCGCUAAAGCCCAUCGACAACUUCAACGUGGCGCUGUCGCUGACGCCGGCGGAUCCGCUAGCCUCGGCGGCGUUGGCGCCCGCCGUGGGCGGUGCGGGCGGCUCAGAGCGCGCUCCCCACGCGUCGACCGGCGCGGGCUUCUCGCGCCGCACCAGCAAGCUGGUCCGACCCGCGGGUGCCGUCCCCCCGGCGGGCCCCGAGCCCCCGGCCGCGGGCGCCGUCCCCGCGGGCGCCGUGAGCCAGCGAGGCUCCUUUUAUUCCGACGCAGACGAGGACCAGAGCCCCCGCGCCCGCGGCAAGUCUCGGCCGUCGGUAGCCCAUCGAGACUCGAAGAAGCUCGACGCAGCGGGCCCACCUCGCUUGUUCAAGUCCUACCAGGAUCUCGUGGAUUUCGACGUCAACCUGAAGCACCAGACGCCAAUCGGGCUGUAUGAAUUCGACUUCCUCGACGAGAAGAUGGCGCAGGACGUGAACGACCCGAGCUGGGAGUUGACGGUUGACCAGAAGGGCAUCAGAGUGUACAAAUACAUCGCGCCGAAUUCCCCCGUCGUCCUCGUGAAGGCCUACGCGGAGCUGGAGGGCAUUCCCAUGCCGGUGCUGUGCCAUGAAAUCCGCGACAUUCAGAUGCGACUGCAAUGGGAUUCAACCUUCGAGGACUACCGCAUCAUUGAGUCGAACGUGAACCACAACGAAAUCAUCUACUGCCUUAUGAAGGCGCCGUUCCCCGUCUCUAACAGAGACUUCCUUCAGUGGCGACGCACGGAGGUUGACCUCGAGGCGGGCGUCGUGAAAAUGCUCAUGCGCUCGGCGUCGCAUCCCUCAGUGCCUGAACGCCCCGGAGUCGUUCGCGCCGAAACCAUUCUCUCCGGUUAUGUCAUGCAGGCGAGAGGCCCGAACUCCUCUUCAGUUUUCAUUCUCGCGCAGACGGAUGUCAAAGGGCUCAUUCCCAAGUGGGUAGUCAAUACGACGGCUGCACGUGCCCCCGUCGGAUGGGUCGAGAAUCUGCGGAAGGCGUGCCUCAAGUUCAUGAAGGAACACGGCACGGAGGUCCCUGCAUCAUCCCUCGUCUCCUCCUGA